GGGGCCCUGGACAGACGUGUCGUUCAUGGCAGAGAAGCAGAACCAGGCGCUGCGGUUGGUCACGAGCUCGGGCUGCUUCCUGCCGCGCUGCUGCGCAGGCACCGAGGGCACAGGAGCUGGCAGCAGCGGGCAGGUGAGAAGAAUGGGCUCCAUGUCGGAGGAGCUCACCCUGGUCCCCCUGCACCAGAGGCCGGAGCUGCUGGAGGCCUGCGCCAAGCUGCUGGGCGAGGAGUGGGGGAAGAGCCGGGCAUCGCGGCUCCACACGCUCCAGCGUUCCUCGGACGCCUUCCCCACCUGCCUGCUGCUACUGCGGAGCCGGGGCCCCGCCGAGGCCCCCACCGCCCAGGAAGGUCCCUGCCAGCUCGUGGGCCACGUCCGGCUCUCUCGUGUGGCCAGCCGUCCCCAUGACCUCUUCGUGGAGAGCGUCGUGGUGGCCCGGGCACUGCGGGGCCAGGGCUACGGGCGGCGGCUGAUGGAGGCCACCGAGCGGUGGGCCCGGGCCCGGGGCUUCAGCUGCCUCCACCUCACCACCCACGACAAGCAGCAUUUCUACGCCCACCUGGGCUUCGUCCUGGGCGAGCCGGUGCAGAGCGUGGCCUUCCUCAGCCCUGCCAUACCUGCCAAAGUGCUGCGGCUCUUCUCCACCCCUCCUGGCACUGCCACUGCCGUCACCACCAGGCCGAGGGUGCCCUCCACCCCGCCGCCUCACCUCCCACCCCCCGCCGUCCCCCCGCCACCCCCCCUGCCAACCGUUGUCUGGGCAAGGGGAGUCUUGGCUGAGAGCAGUGGGCAGAAGCUCCUGGAGACCCCCCACCGUGACGCCAAAGGGCUGCCUAUCUUCUGGAUGAAGAAGGACAUCUGA